GUUCAAGUAACUAAUUAUUUCUGCUAAGCCUAACAACAAUACUCACAAAGUUUUUCAUUCUUCUGAUUUUCCAAAGCCGCCGCCAAACAUAUGGAACAUGAAUCUAUCUUGAAGCUCUUUGAUUCUUUCUGGUUUCAGUUUAACAUUUUGAACAGAAACACAACUUCAUCAGUAACAUCAACGUGUUCUGAACAAAAUCUUAAAGAUUCUCAGAACAAUGAAACAUCAUAUGAAGGACCAAAACUCACACGGAUCCGAACUGUUCAUAACAGAUCCAUGAGUGACCAAUCUAUUGCAUGUUUUAACCAUGAUUCUCUUUCACCAGACUCUGUUCUUAAUAUCAUUCCUUCAAAGCUUCAAACUAUUCUUUCAGGUAAAGAAGUAACAGACUCAGAAGAUGAAAACAACCUAGUACAAACACAAACUUUGUUACCUAAGAAGAACAACAAUAUCAACAAGGUUGUUAAGAAGAAAAGAGAAAGUAAGAGUUUAUCUGACCUUGAAUUUGAGGAGCUAAAAGGUUUUAUGGAUCUGGGUUUUGUUUUCUCAGAGGAAGAUAAAGAUUCAAGCUUGGUUGAAAUUAUUCCUGGGUUACAAAGACUUGGGAAGAAAAAUGAAGAAGAAGAAGAAGAAGAAGAAGAUGUUUAUGAUGAAUCUGUGGUUCAAAGACCUUAUCUUUCCGAAGCUUGGGAGGUUUAUGAUUGGAGAAAAAAAGAGAAACCUUUGGUGAAUUGGAAAGUUCCUGCAAUGAACAAUGAAAUUGACAUGAAAAAUAGUCUCAGAUUGUGGGCACAAACUGUUGCUUCUACUGUUAGAUGAUGAGAUGAUGCAGUUCAUGUUUCAUAAAUCUAAUUUUUUUUUUCUUCUUUCUCAAAUAUACAUUUUUGCUAAAUAAUAUCCUUGAAAUUGUUUGGUUUAUACUUUUAGUUUUAGGAUAAUGUAACAUUUUUUCUGUGUAGUUAUUUCCCUGUCAAUUUUUUCUGGAAUUUGACAUUCCAUUGUAAUGUGUAAUUUUUGACAAGAGAGGAAUGAAAUUUAAUUCAG